ACUUUCCACAGCUGAACCGUCGUCCGCGGCAUCGAGUCCUGAAAGAGUUUUGCGCUUCAGAUGAUUCAGGGGGACCUUCUCACCCCCCUCCCUUCAUUGUACUACGCCGUACCAGUUUAACUCCUGCGCAUGAAAAGGCAGUGGACGAGAAAGUUAAGGCCAUCCAGAGUGAUGUGCCAAUUUUUGUGGCAAACAUGAGCGAGGAAAUUGUUGGUGAAAAUGGUACCUUUUCCCUUGACUUUGGCUCGCGAUAUGCCGCACCGGCACCGCAUCUUCCAGAUGGGAAGCAGACCCUGACGCUCUCUCGAGACGGGUGGCGCAAGGCAUGGCGCAUCAAGAUGCUGAACCGGCGGAUGCUCCCUGGAGAAUUGCGCGAGUUCGCCUGCGACAACCGGCUGCGGACCGGCGACCUCUGCCUGUUUGAGCCGACGACGAAGGAGAGGCUUGCCAUGUCAGUCCGCAUCAUUCGCAGCGAGCAGUACUCUUAGCCGGCCUUCUACUGGUGCUCUGGUGUGUGCUUUGGGACGCGAUGGCUCUGUGGCCUGAAGGAAAACCGUGGGUGUGUCGGAUUAUCUCCUCCUCCCAGAAGGAUCAGGGAGCUGUUCUGCUUUAGUUUGCCGAAUAAUGCCUGCCUCUCGAUGCAGUUGCCUGAUGGUGCAUGCUGCUUCCUGAUUGUGAGGCUCUUCCUGCUGGCUAGUUCUACUGAACUUAAGUUUCGUGAUACUAGUUUCUUAGCGUCAUCAAGUUCUGUUGAUCUUUAGUAUGUAAUAAUUUGUGUAGAUGUCGUGCUGGAUUAGAGUUUUAAUUUGGGUCUGUGCAGGCAUGUGAACAUAGCCUGAAUGCGUGGCUUGGCACAAGACUACAACAUUAAGUAAUGUUCUGUCAGUCGUUAGAAUCUGCAUGAGUUUCGCAGCAUUUACCUUAA